AUGGAACAUAAACUGACUGUAUUUAGUGGAAACAGACAAAACAGUAACUGUUGUAGAACGUGUAUGGUGCCAACAACUGAUGUUAUAUCAUUAUUUGAUUCCAUAAAUAUUGGAUCGGAAAAGGAAAGUUUAGAUUCCAUUCUGCUGAAAUGUACUUCAAUAAAGGUUUCAAAAACUGAUAUUUAUCCAUUAGGAAUAUGCCAUAACUGUCUGACCAAAUUGAUGGAAUCCUUCUUGUUUUUUCAAAAAUGCUACAUCACUCAGGGAAGAUUAGAACAGAUCUUCAAGAAAAAUAUAAUCCUUGAGUACAGAACCAAAGAAAACUUCCAUUUAGAAGAUACUAAUGAAGAACAAUUGGACCAGGACCCUAAUUCCAAAACAAAUGUUGAAAAUGAGAACACAAAAGCACCACAAUAUACAAAUUCAAAAAAUGCAAUGCCUGAAUGUGAAAAUAUCAGUGUACAAGAAAUUAACUCUGGAAUAAAUGAAUUCCAAGAGAACCAUUAUAGUGAAGACAAUUGCCUUGGCAAUGACUGUGAUGAAGACACUGAUGAUGAUAGUGAUAGACUCUUUGUGGAUUCACACUCAUCAGAUUGGAUUUGUGAAAGUUGUGGUGAGGUUUUCCAAACCCAAUAUAGUUUACAGAUCCAUGGAAAGUCACAUGACACUUAUAUUAAAAACCUUGCUUGCACUCAAUGUGGGAAACAAUUCUCUAGGGCGACUGACGUUAAACGCCAUAUGUCAGUUCACACAGGAGCUCGACCCUACUCUUGCCCAGCAUGCCCAAAGUCCUUUACUCAGUCUGGAUCCUUAGCAAAACACAUGAGAAAACACGAGGAGUACAAAGUAAUGAAGCCAGAAAGGCGAAAGAUGGAACAAAUGCAUUACCUCUGUUCAACAUGUGGAAAAUCUUUCAAACAGUCUUCUGUUUUGACAGUUCAUAUGAGGAGGCACAGUGGCGAAAAGCCUCAUUGUUGUACUAUUUGUGGAAGAAGGUUUGUUUCAAGUUGUAAACUAACUGUACACAUGAGAUUCCAUACAGGAGAGAAACCAUAUAGCUGCAAAUCAUGUGGAAAAUGUUUUCGACAAUCCACAGUACUCAAAAAACACAUCAAGUCACAUUCUUCCAUCAAAUCAAACCAGUGUAGUGGCUGUUCCAAAUCAUUUUCCACUUCUUACUAUCUCAAUAUUCAUAUGAGAAAACAUACUGGUGAAAGGCCUUUCAAAUGCAUUGUAUGCCUGAAAUCUUUCUCGGAUCCGAAGAACUUGAAACAACAUGAAGAAAUUCAUUCUGGAGAAAAACCCUACUUGUGUGUCCUUUGUGGAAAGAAAUUCCAGAGGAGUCACCACCUCAAGAAUCAUAUGAAAACUCACUUGAAAACCAUCUAA